AUGCCGGAUUUCUCCCCAGAAAGCGUCGCCUUCAUCACUGGAGCCGCCUCAGGAAUUGGCCUCUCAGUCGCCAGACGUCUAGUAGCGGACGGAAUCAAGAAAAUCGCCCUCAUCGACCUCAACGCGGAUGCACUAACCGAAGCCUCCAACUCGCUCACAGAAAUCGAUGCGUCUGUGACCACCCUUCGCCUUGCAGUCGAUGUCAGCAAAGAAGAGCUAGUUGACAAAGCAGCAGAGACUGCGGAGAAGUUCGGUAGGAUUGAUGUUUGUUUGAACGCAGCGGGGAUCGCGGGUAGAGCUGCGGGCCUUGCGGAUUUGACGGUGGGGGAUUUGGAUAAGGUGCUUGAUGUGAAUUUGAAGGGGGUGUGGUUUUGUGAACGUGCGCAGAUCAGGCAGUUUUUGAAGCAGGAGAUGAGGGAUUUGAGCACGGGACUACCGUUCAAGACAAGGGGGAGUAUCAUUAAUGUUGGCUCCUUGAUAAGUCUUAGGGCUGUAGUUCCCCGUCUCUCUUCUUAUACCAUAGCCAAACAUGGCGUGGUUGGACUCACGAAGCAGGACGCUGCCGACUAUGCUUCCCAAGGAAUCCGGGUAAAUUGCUUCUGUCCAGGUUGGAUAAAAACAGGCAUCAUUGAUGUCAGACCUGAGACUGAAAAAUACUAUGAAUCUGUACUUGCGAGGGUCCCGAUGGGACGAUGGGGAGAACCUGAAGAGGUGGCGUAUUUUGCUAGUUUUGUUUUGAGUGAUAAAGCUAGUUUCAUUACCGGCGCUUCUCUUUCAAUUGAUGGAGCUCUAUCGGCUCAUUGA